GCAAACUUAUUUUCCGUCAAAAUUCCGAUCUUGCAAGAGUUAUUCGGAUCAUCCCCAGAGCCCUAAAUCCCUAAAAAAUUCCGAUACCCUAAUUAGAACCCCAAAUCCUUUUGUUUCCGAUCCUAACGAAUUUUCGAGCGAUUACAGCAAAGUAUGGGCAUAAUAAAAAGCUGUUUUUCCUUCAUCGCAGGCACAGUUUGCGGGAUUUACGUUGCCCAAAACUACAACGUUCCGAACGUCAAGAAGCUUGCCGACUCCGCCUUCUUCAUAGCCAAGCAUGUCGAGGAGAAUUACCGCAAGCCCAAGAACAAGGAUGACGAUUAGAUCCAAAAUUCCAAGAAUCAAUGGAAUCAACAGGUUCGAUGUUGUUUUUCUCUGCAUUAGUUAUGGAGAAAAAAGAGAAUUCCUCUUUUAGGAUCAAAUAUGAUUUCGGGAUUUGCAAAACAAAAAACCACUAUAUUUUUUCCCGUAAAGUUGGUGUUUGAUUACAACUUGCAAUUGGACUCUUAUUUUCACUGUAUGUUUUUGUGACUACAUUGAAUUUGGAUUUGUUCGUUGUUGAGGAAUGAAUAAAACAGGGCUUAUUCA